AUGUAUCGGCGUCGUCGACGCGCUAACACCCGUUGCCUUGGCUACGCGCCAUUAAGCCUGGGGGUGCGCGCGCCUGCCGCACGCCUGAGACGGCUACAGCAACGACGGUCGGCCGGCCGGCCUAGCGGUGACGAUCAGGGUCGAGAGGCCGCCAUUUAUGCGGGCGAUUUGUCCUCGAGCCUUGACGUAGGAAGGUAUCUGUCCAACUGUUCCGUUCGAGGUCUCUGUACUACAGCAAAUAAACGAAGGGGACAGGGGAGGGGGCAGAGGUAAUGAAGAUGAGGAGCGGGUGUCCGUUCAGGUGUCACGUCAAAGUUGCUUUUGAGCAUCUGACAUGUUUACGUACAUGUGCGUGCUUUUGCUGUAGGGACUUCGGCGGUGAGAGUCUGACUUUUCCAUCGCGUGAACCAAGAACGCUACCCAGGAACGUAGCCCCAGAGUAGCAAUGCACAUGUUUCAGAAGUGUUUUAGUAGACUUCAAAUAAUUCACUUCGACCCAACUGUGGAAAGCUCGGUGCCUCGGUGGGAUUCGAACCCAGGACAGCAAGGGGAGGCUUUAGUGCAGCCAACGCUCUAACCAUUUGAGCUACGAGGCCCCACCGAACGACGUGAGUUUAAUCACAUUUGGAUCAAGUUUACCCGCCCAACCUACUGCAACUUCUGGAAUCCACCAAAGCUGAUACAGUAAGGAAAUCCUGUUCGGGCAGUCAGCUUGUUUGAACAUUGGGGUCAAUACAGCACUGUCUUAGGACCCAAGGGUUUUGCAGAAAUCAUGAGUGUAUCUAAAGUACGGGUGAUUUGCAGAUGUUCAAAAGGUCCCUGAUAUUCCGCUUGACCCCAUAUGCGGUUUGUCUUAUUUCAGGAAGAAGGCAUGCCAUGAAAAAUUUUACCAGGCUGCAGAAUAUCCCGGCGUGAUUGAGCGAGGCCAAUUUGCCCCACGUAUGAAGGCGAAGAAAAUUAGAAUGUAGCACACUUUUAAAACACUCAUGUCAAUCAGAACGCAAUAAAACUACACAAGAUGAAAUAUAAGAAGUCAACAGAUUAGUCAGCCGAGAGAGUGGAGGGGGGCGGGGAUAGGGAAGUUUUAGAGACAAAGUUGCUCGCCCACAUAUAGCUGUCUGCGACUGUCCCGGGUCCGAGCUUCAAGGCUGUGAACGGACACCCGUUCCCUGCGUCCUCUAAUCGGGUCAGACAGCUGAGCUCCCUCCCCCGCUCCCCGAGUAUGUGAACUUCACCGUUCCGGGUAUGACAGCAAACGGAGGUGGGGUUGGGCGGGUGCCUCGUUCGCUCGGCGGAGUGCCAAGCUCAGGAAGCAAAAAGGACUUGGGUUAAAAGCCGCUGCUUUCCUGGCCCGCUGUUGGGAUACUGCAGGCAGACAAUUGUUAAUACUGCCGGAGCUGGCCACCCCGGCCUUCCUUGACUCUUCAUCGGUAAUAGCUAUUGGAAAGAAAUGCAACGAUUGGAAGCGCAGUCUUUUAAACGAAGCGGAUAAGUGGUUCAGUCUCAUGAAUAUUAAUUUUUUUACACGGAGAAGGUAGGGAGAGGUUCUUACCUCAGUUUCCAUCUACUCCUCCACUUGCUCCUGCGGAGCAGGUGGGAAGCUCCACGAGAAAACGGAACGCCCGUGGUCUGUUCUGUGAUCCAGUUCGAACAGGGAACGUCACUCUUAUGUGAAUCGCUACUAGGUAAAAAUGCGUGGAAUAAAUUUUCAGAUAGAUUUCGGGGUAGGAGUAUCUGGGGCGACUUAACUACUACCUUGCUAACAAACGUCAGGCAGUUUAGUUUAAAAAUGUGGAUGAUGGUUAUUGAUAAAAGAAUUGUUGUUUACAUGUGGUUAUGUAGUCCCACUUGAAGUAAAUAAACCUCGGCCACCUGUAAUACGGGACCGGUGGUAAUGGGAGUUUUUACAGGCGGGGCUGGGAACGAACAGGCGACGGGGUCAGCUAAUUGUAUGUAUGGUUGAGAAAUAGUUGCCCAAACCCCUAACCUUAACAUCUAACCUUAAUCCUUAACCAUAACCCCUAACCUUAACUCCUAACCCUAACCCCAACGCCAACAGUAUUGUGUCCCGCAGGUGAGGCUGCAUAACCCCAUCUUACCGCCCUCCUUAAUCCUAACUGGAAUGAUUGUUAUGUGUCAGUAGGCUGAAAUGUUGAAAAUGAGGUCUAGCCUGUCACCGUUCUGCUUUAUCCCGAUUUUUCUCCCUUUAUAGCUCGGUACCAUAGUGAUUAGCGUGUUAGUCACUGAAUACUUGUGUGACCUCAAAAUGAAGGCAAUAUCGCGUUGGGAGCAAGGAGAGCUUCCGAUAGGCCAAGCAUAGGAGUGCAUUUCAUUGUAAAAAUCCUAUAAUCAAGUUGUGCGUAAGGCAGUCAAUAGGCAUAACUCAAGCAGGCGUUCUGCGAAAAUUGUACCUUACCUUUUUCCAAUUUAAAUAACUUCGAGGGGCCCUAACUUACCACUGAGAAGUACAUAGUAGGUAAACUGAUCGUAACCGACAAGAAAUCGAGCCCGCAGUUCAGUGGUAAAGUAUUUAACUUGGAGUUGGACGACCAAAGAGUCAGCGUUAGAAUGCCAGGCUGUUUCAAGAUAGGGGUUCAACCCGGUUAGCUAACAACGGCUCCAGGAAAUUCAUCUGUCGUCUCAGACGAUGUCUACCCUGUGCCCUGUGGACGCAGACACGGUGACUUGCCCGUGAAUUAGUUUAUAGUGCUAGUAGACUUGCGUUGCAUCUACCGCACUCUCCCAUCUCUCUCAUCCAGCUGGGCUCGAUGGCAAGACAGAGUCAAGAGUGCCGGGGGCGUAUCGAGCUCAGGUAGCUGGUGUGACGUGAGCCUGAUACAACAGUCACCAUGUAUGGCGCAGCCCAAUAACGUGUACCAGACUCGGAUCCAACCCACGUGUCGGUCAGAGGCAAAUCCCCCGUGGCCCAUUGCAGCGGAGAAGCAAGAACAGCAUCAACGGCAAACGUAGGGAGACCCACUGAUGAACCAAAGUCCUCGCAGCUGUUUCAUGCAGCGGUAGAAUGCAGGCACAGAUGAGGACGGCAGGUAUGCUAUGAAUGAUCUGCCGGUUUCUUUGUCAUCAUUUCCGGCAAACGUGUGUUUAAAACUGUGGCAUUGUGAAGAAGGAUGUCCAGCUCGGCAUUACUGCCUCCACUGAAUGAAUACCAAUUCGUCCUACUAAAUGCCCUGAUCCCCUUUCAUCCAUGCAGCCCGCGACAGAGAGCCCACAAGAACAUCGAAAAUCGGAGAAGAUGGGGAUAGGUUGUUACCUCAGACGACCUCCGUGUGCCUCUAAUCCUCCACCGGCUCCUGUGGAGCAGAUUAUAUUGGUUGCACGAGUCAGUAUCUAUCCAAGAGAAUAAGAGAACACCUCCCCGCAUGGCUGGGAAAAGGUGAAACUGGGAGCAUAAAAAGGGCCGUGCUUGUACAUGUUGGUGAUCCCGGGCAUUGUGUGGACCCCAGCGAAUCCUUUCAUAUUAUUUAUGAGGUUCCCUCGAGCUGCCAUUAGCUGUUGGACAGACGUCUGUUAGUAACACCAGAAGUGACUGCAAUCAGAUUACGAAAGCGGUCUUGUGUGCGCAGAAGAAAUCCGUUCAGACUCUGAGCUUUCUGCGGUCAGCAGUCGAACAGCUACAUGCAACUCCUAGCGCCCUUCCGCCCUCACCCCGGCUCUGACAUUGAUUCUUAUAACCUCCGGUCCAUCCAUGCAGCCCACGACUGAGGGUUCACAAGAACACCGUAACUGGUGGAUAUGACUGCUGCAUCGCCACUAUUACACUGUUCAGAGUUGGCCACGAAGGUGAAGCCAAUCAACGAACAAACACACAACGUCUUACCAACUGUGCUGCGCAAAUACAUCACUCGGUGGCUGACAACCAACUCGGACUGAUGACUGCCUUGCAUAAAUCUCUGCCUCACAUCUGACUCCUAUCUUUGUAGGGCUUCGUUGUUUAAGAUGGACGGCGAUGUCCCCCUUCCCCGUGAGCCAACUGUUCUCGUCUCGUCCCUCAAGAUUCCACUGUCUGUCACUAAACCUGAAACUACAUUCUUUAUACUUUAUUUCGAAAAGUGUCCAAGUCUUCCAAGUUGUCUGUGUGAAGCCCAACGCACACGAGGUUUCCAAAGCCUGCGAGCUGGACUUGGGAAUUCGAAAGUCGUGAAGUGGUUUAUUUUUCGGCAGAUACGCGAGCGACUUGCCUAGAGUGAGUUUUCCAUCAUUACUCCGUAACACGUUUAUGGGAAGUUCGGGUAUUCGAAAGUCGUGAACUGGUCUAUUUUUCAGAAGAUACGUAGGAAUUUCAUGGAAACAUAUGCAGUAAACGAGCUCAGGAAACAAUGUUUACUCUAUAAAUAGUUGUUUUCGCAUGACAAGUACACUCGGCAACACCGGGAGGCUGUCCCCCACGCAAUUUCGAAGCUAGCAGUCAGGCUAACGCACGAUCCUUACGAUUUUGGUAAAUGUACUGCACGCCUGCAAUUUUGGCAAAAAAAACUGACUUUAGUGGGCAGAUGUUGGGACGGUCGAAUGGUUACGACACAAUUGGUAAAACGCCUGUUCUGGCCAGGUGUAUACGAAUGAGUCCGUUUGGGUCUGGGAAGGCCUUACUGCGCAUUCUGACAGGGCAUGAAUCGACGAAGCUGCACUGGCGGAGACGAGGAUGUGGAAGUGGUCAGCUCGGAUGUAUUUUCUGUCAAGAUUGAGAGUGGUGACCUAUCAUUGCUGACAGGGCGUCGAAUUUGACAUCAGUUCAGUCGUCUGAAGAUGGAGCGGAAUUCAGCGAGUCUGGGUGUAGCGUGGGAUGGUGUCUGGUGGAGCGGCUGCAUUUAGCGUAUCCUUUCCACGAUCAUCCCCCCACACCCGACCUUGGUCGCUGAUGGCGGAAAGCAAGGCAGACAGGAUCUUUGUAGUCUUCCUGUCGUUGCCGAUGUCUACACACCCCCCUUGAGGUAGUCGAGUCCCCCUGACCUUGUCAUCGCCGCCUGUGAGGGCGAAUCAGUGGAUAAUAAUGCGCGCAACGUAGCCGAUUUAAUGUCGAUGUACAGUAAUUAGGUUGGUGGCUAGACGACGUUCUAUCUUCUCAGACAGCAAGCAGACAUGCAUCAUGUUACACCUCGAGCGUGUAAGGGCCGCUGACGCGAGGAUAGUUACUUUGCUGGACUGACAGUUGCAUCAACUGUACAGGUGCGCGAGAUGGUCAUUCGUCCUGACGCGCAGCUUUCAUCUGUGGCUCAACUCAUCUGUAAUGAGAGCGGCAGGCACAGUCCAGUAAUCGCUUCGACUGGCGAGUGUUACCGCCUGGGAAAUUCAGUACACUUAUUGACUUUGUCCCUGAUGAUAGCUUCGAGUGAGAUUCCGAACCUUCAGGCUGAUAAUGCUCUUGUUCUAGAGAAGAACUAGACUGCAUGUCUCUUAAACGUCGGCGAGUUUGUGUGCGUGUGAAUCCUGGUUUGCUUAUUUGGUGGGAGCCUACCGUACAGCGUCAUGACGCAGUCCUAUUUACAAGUGCAUGGGGGGAGGUAGGGGGUUGAGUGAGGCCGGUCCUGCGCAUGUCGCUGCCCCACUGUAAGCAAAUUCACCUCCCCUGCGGGGUGAUAGUGGUGAUGGCCAGCGUUGUGUCCAGUGCACUAACACCACGCUGUCUGACCUGAUGAUUAAGCGGCUUCCCUCGCUCCGAGGUCAAAGCUGUCCUCAAGAGGUUUCAGAUGGCAGUGGCGCGCGCGCUAACAAUUUCUGCCAGCAGCACUGACAUGAUGGUGGGGCGUCUGAGCGGCAUGCUUGAUGGUCCAGUCUGGUCUACCGCUGACUAACGAGAACAACGAGAGCACUAGGUAACAACGUUAGUCGCCCUUGCCUACGAGACUGUUUUCGCCUCAAUACCUCCUGUGGUGAAGUAGUGGUCAGGUGUGGGCUUGCGCAGUAGUGUCGGCGUGAGAAAACUGCGAAGUGAUUCUUUGUGCGUUGGUUGAACGGAAUUUUUUGAUGAAUGCGUGACCGCCAAUGGGAGCUCGAACAUAAAACGAGAUACUUGAUGGGGGAGGAGAGGAAGAAAAGCGGGGGAAUGCAACGGAUGAUGAUGAUGAUGAUGAUGAUGAUGAUGAUGAUGAUGAUGAUGAUGAUGAUGAUGAUGAUGAUGAUGAUGAUGAUGAUGAUGAUGAUGAUGAUGAUGAUGAUGAUGAUGAUGAUGAUGAUGAUGAUGAUGAUGAUGAUGAUGAUGAUGAUGAUGAUGGCGCCUUCCUCCUUUCCUCCUUUUCCUUUUAUUCUUCUCCCUCUGCUACUUUUGUCGAGUGA